UUGCUUUCGUGUGAGCACGGGAGUAGACAGCUUAGCAGCCGCGGAGGGAGUCUAUGCGUGCUGGACCGCAGUGCGAGGUGUGUGAGGCUAGUAUUGGCCGAAGACCCUCGGGCGCAAUCGCAGGGGAGCUAGGACUCGGCGACCCUGCGAGGCUUCAGUAGCACAAACUGAUGGGACUAGCUCGCUCAGCCGCAUCUCCCCUCUCUUUUAAGUGCACUGACCGGGGCCCGCGUUGAAGUAGAAGCUGUCGGGGGCGCGGAGCCCGGAGUCCCAGUGUGGCCUGGAGGAACGGAACUUGUGUCAGGGCGAGCCAGGUGGGAGCUCCCGAACCGCGCUCCGAUUGUAAGGAGAAGCCCACAUCUUCCGAGGGGUGCCGAUCCCGGGACAGUCGAGGCGUCGGGGCGGCCACCGAAUCCCCAGCGGGGAGACCCUGUAGGGGAAAGGGUACGCAGUCCCAAACAAUCUCGGAAAGCAGAGCGGAAUCAGGCGGGUGCACCCGGGGGCGCCGAGCCCCUGUCGCGUCUGGUGCGGAGGAGAGGUCAGGAGAACGAGCCCUCGGAGGCCCCAGCCUGUGCCCAGGUUGGGGGCGACUGCCCAGUGAGUCCUCCUGGCCGGCCGGGAGAAGAAGAGCGGCACCGAAGCCUGCGGGAGGGGAGCACUUCAAGGCCGGUGGCCGGGGAGGAUGGGAGCCUGAGCGUUUCAGAGCGCAGCGCGGCACGGCGGCAAGACGAGGCCAGUUUUGCUGAGGAGGCGCCAGGAGAUCCGGAACUGCAGCCUGCCCCCCGGGAAGAUGGCCCGGCCCGGGCAGCGUUGGCUCGGAAAGUGGCUUGUGGCGAUGGUCGUGUUGGCGCUGUGCCGGCUUGCCACGCCACUGGCCAAGAACCUGGAGCCUGUGUCCUGGAGUUCCCUCAACCCCAAGUUCCUGAGUGGGAAGGGCCUGGUGAUCUACCCAAAGAUUGGAGACAAGCUGGACAUAAUCUGUCCCCGAGCAGAAGCAGGGCGGCCCUACGAGUACUACAAGCUGUACCUGGUUCGGCCUGAGCAGGCAGCUGCCUGCAGCACUGUGCUCGACCCCAAUGUGCUGGUCACCUGCAACCGGCCAGAGCAGGAAAUCCGCUUCACCAUCAAGUUCCAGGAGUUCAGCCCCAACUACAUGGGCCUGGAGUUCAAGAAGCACCAUGAUUAUUACAUUACCUCUACAUCCAAUGGGAGCCUGGAGGGACUGGAAAACCGGGAGGGAGGUGUGUGCCGCACACGCACCAUGAAGAUCAUCAUGAAGGUCGGGCAAGACCCCAAUGCUGUGACACCUGAGCAGUUGACUACUAGCCCACCCAACAAGGAGGCUGACAACACUAUCAAGAUGGCCACGCAGGCCCCCGGUAGUCGGGGCUCCCUGGGUGAUUCUGACGGCAAGCAUGAGACUGUGAACCAGGAAGAGAAGAGUGGCCCAGGUGGGAGCGGAGGCAGCAGCGGGGACUCUGAUGGCUUCUUCAACUCCAAGGUGGCAUUGUUUGCAGCUGUUGGCGCUGGCUGCGUCAUCUUCCUGCUCAUCAUCAUCUUCCUGACGGUUCUGCUGCUAAAGCUGCGCAAGCGACACCGCAAGCACACACAGCAGCGGGCACCUGCCCUCUCACUCAGUACCCUGGCCAGUCCCAAGGGGGGCAGUGGCACGGCGGGCACCGAGCCCAGCGACAUCAUCAUCCCCUUACGGACUACAGAAAACAACUACUGCCCCCACUAUGAGAAGGUGAGUGGGGACUACGGGCACCCCGUCUACAUCGUCCAGGAGAUGCCACCCCAGAGCCCAGCGAACAUCUACUACAAGGUCUGAGAGCCCGGCACGGCCUCGGGCCCUGAGGGACUGUUGGAGGGGACUGCACCUCUCCUUUCUCUCCAUGCCCUUCCCCUUGCCAGCUGUGCCCACCUUUGUAUUUAGUUUUGUAGUUUCUUGGCUUUUAUAAUCCCCCUUUGCCCUGCCCCUAGGCUUUGGAGGGGGUACUCAUGCCCCCAGCCCCCAUGCUCUUGUGCCUUCCCCCUCUGGCCAGGCCUCUGGGCUCUGUGGGGGCACCCCUUCGAAGAGGGCAGGGUUGGAUGCUAAUGGACAGUAAGCAGGGAGAUGCCCCCCCCCUGGCCCUGCCCUCCUCACUCCCUUUUCCCCUUCCCAGGACUGUUUGUCUGCUAUCAUCACUGUUUUUAAUGUUUUUGUGUUCAUUUUUUAGCUGUCAACUCCUUUUCAUCUGUUUUUUUUUUUUUUCUGGAAGAAAAAUGAAAAGGCAGCCCCUGCCUAGGCUUUCUGAGCCCAGCUCAGCUAGUACAAGUGUCCAGGGCCAGGGCCAGGAUGUGGCCAGCCUGGAAGCAAAGGAUGGCCUAUCUGUUAUUUGGGGGUCGGGGAGGCCAGGACUGUUCUUGCCCAUGAGGGAAGAUGACAGUGCCUUUGGGCAAGGUGUCUCACCCUCCCCUCCUGACCCUUCUGCUACAAAGCUGAUCUUGGCAAUAGGGUAGUGGCUGCCACCCUUUCUCACACACACACACACACACACACACACACACACACA